CCUAAUCUCUGAUCUCUUCUCUCUCUCUAUCUCUCUGAAUAUUAAAGAAGAAGAAAAGAAAAGAAAAGAAAAAAGAGAUUGAAAUUUGGGAAUUGGGAAUUUGGGAUAAUCUUCUCAGCCACAGCCUGGGACUGGGUAACUCUGUGAAAUUCGUCUCACCCAAUUGAAAAAGAAAGAGACAGCACACAAAAUGCAGCUUCCCCUUCCCUUCCACAGCUCACACUCUGCCUUUUCUCCUUCUAAAACUCCCUCUUUUCAAUCCCUUUAACCUAAAUUCCCAACCAAUGCCUUGCAACAUGGAACCCUCUUUGGGUUUUUGAAAUUUCUCAGCCACAGCCCUCCAUUUUCCUGAAAACUCUACUGGGUUUUGCUCCAAAGCUCCCCCAAAUGCGGACCCAGAUGGGAACUCCUUUGCUUUCUCUGUUUCUUUUCGCUUUCUGUGUUCUACCUCUCAGUGUGAGACCAGAUCUUGCUUCCGACACAGCUGCUCUUCUGGCCCUUCGCUCCGCCGUGGGCGGCCGGACUCUCCGCCUUUGGAAUGCCACUGACCAGAGCGUCUGCUCUUGGCCUGGGAUUCGUUGCGAGGACAAUCGCGUCACUGUUCUUCGUCUCCCCGGCGCGGCGCUCUCCGGGGAAUUACCGGCGGGCAUUUUCGGGAACUUGACUCACCUCCGCACUCUUAGCCUCCGGCUCAACGCAUUGUCCGGCCAGCUCCCCUCAGAUCUCUCCGCAUGCGUUAAUCUCCGCAACCUGUAUUUGCAAGGUAAUGAGUUUUCAGGCCUUGUCCCUGAUUUCUUGUUCCGCCUCCAUGACCUGGUUCGCCUCAAUUUGGCCUCCAAUAACUUUUCUGGAGAGAUCUCUUCGGGAUUUAACAAUUUGACCCGUCUUAGGACUCUGUUCCUCGAAAACAAUCACCUCGCCGGGUCCAUCCCGGACUUGAAGAUCCCUCUGGAUCAGUUCAAUGUUUCCAACAAUCAAUUAAAUGGGUCGGUUCCAGCGGAAUUGCAGUCGUUUUCUUCGAGUUCGUUUUUGGGUAAUUCUCUCUGUGGGCGCCCCCUCGAGGCUUGCGCUGGAGAUAUUGCUGUGCCGACAGGGAAGGUUGGGACCAAUGGCGGGUCUGGACACAAGAAAAAACUCUCAGGGGGAGCCAUUGCAGGGAUUAUCAUUGGAUCUGUACUGGGUUUUGUAUUGAUACUUCUACUCUUAAUGCUUCUGUGCCGAAAGAAGAGUGCUAAGAAAACAAGUUCAGUCGAUGUAGCCACAGUGAAGCAUCCUGAAGUGGAAAUUCAGGGUGGAAAGCCAGCUGGGGAUGUCGAAAAUGGCGGUUACAGUAAUGGUUACAGUGUGCCAGCCGCUGCUGCUGCUGCAACAACUGUGGCGGCAGGGGCUGCAAAGGGGGAAGUGAAUAACAAUGGAGCUGGGUCCAAGAAAUUGGUGUUUUUUGGUAAUGCUGCGAGGGUGUUCGAUUUGGAGGAUCUUUUGAGAGCUUCAGCGGAAGUUUUGGGGAAAGGAACCUUUGGGACUGCUUAUAAAGCAGUUCUGGAACUGGGUUCUGUGGUGGCUGUGAAGAGGUUGAAGGAUGUCACCAUAACAGAGAGGGAAUUCAGAGAGAAGAUUGAAGCUGUUGGAUCUAUGGAUCAUGAGAACUUGGUCCCUCUCAGGGCUUACUAUUUCAGUAGGGAUGAGAAGCUUCUUGUCUAUGAUUACAUGCCCAUGGGAAGCUUGUCUGCUCUUUUACAUGGAAACAAAGGAGCUGGAAGGACUCCAUUGAACUGGGAAAUCAGGUCUGGGAUUGCCCUUGGAGCCGCCCGUGGCAUUGAAUAUCUGCAUUCUCAAGGCCCUAAUGUCUCUCAUGGCAACAUAAAAUCGUCCAAUAUCCUUCUAUCCAAAUCCUACGAUGCCCGAGUCUCCGAUUUCGGUUUAGCACAUCUCGUUGGACCACCUUCCAGCCCCACCAGAGUUGCUGGAUAUCGCGCGCCGGAGGUCACUGAUCCUCGUAAAGUAUCCCAUAAGGCUGAUGUCUAUAGCUUUGGCGUAUUGCUCUUGGAGCUUCUGACAGGCAAGGCUCCUACACACUCCCUUCUAAACGAGGAAGGAGUCGACUUACCCAGAUGGGUGCAGUCAGUUGUUCGGGAGGAGUGGACUUCCGAAGUUUUCGACCUCGAGCUUCUUAGGUACCAGAACGUCGAGGAGGAGAUGGUUCAACUAUUGCAGCUUGCAGUCGAUUGUGCAGCUCAGUAUCCCGAUCAACGCCCCACAAUGUCCCAAGUCACAAAGCGUAUAGAAGAGCUGCGCCAAUCCAGCCUUCACGAAGUCGUCGAUACACAACCCGAUGCUGCUCAUGAUUCAGACAACGCAUCCUCUAGGUGAGUUUGGUGGUUUAUAGAGAAGAAAAAAAGAAUUAUCUCCAUUUGUUGCAAUCUCAAUUCAGUGCCAAUCAUAUCUUUCAUUUGAAGCCAAGAAAAACAAAAAAGAAUCACCAAAAACUUGAAUUCCCUGAUCUAUUUUUCAUUGUACUAAUUCUUCAGUUUGUUCAGUCAAUACUUGGGGUGGAUGAUAAAAAUUGUCAUAGCUUUUGUAUCUGUUGCUGUUGGGUUGGGUGGGUGAUGUAAUUAAUUACUGCUGCCUUUGCCUUUACUUUUGGCUUUUGGCUUUUGCUUUUGCUUUUGCUUUUGCUUCUGAUGCAACUUUUGGUCUGUUCAAAUUGAGAUGUUCUUCUCUUUUUUAGUUUCUAUGAUGACCUCUUUGUUGUGAUGUCCAUUCACAACACUUCCCUCCA